GUGGCGGCGCCGUUUCCCUGCCCGCGCUUCUCCCGGACGCGCGGCUGGGGCGCCUCCCGCUGCGGCGCAGCUCGCCCGCUGCUCGGGCUACGGCGGUGGCGCGGCUCAUGCCCCCGGGCGCGGAGCGCGCAGGUGGGCCGGCAGCCGCGGGGAGAUAGGCCCCCAGGGGCGGUGGCGGCGGGACCAUGGCCCGGAGACCCCCGGCGCCGGCCGCCUACGGGGAGGAGUUCUCCUUCGUCAGCCCGCUGGUGAAAUACCUGCUCUUCUUCUUCAACAUGCUCUUCUGGGUGAUUUCCAUGGCGAUGGUGGCCGUGGGAGUCUAUGCUCGGCUGAUGAAGCACGCAGAAGCAGCCUUGGCCUCCUUGGCAGUGGACCCUGCCAUCCUGCUGAUCGUGGUGGGCAUCCUCAUGUUCCUGCUCACCUUCUGCGGCUGUAUUGGAUCCCUCCGAGAGAACAUCUGCCUCCUGCAGACGUUCUCGCUCUGCCUCACCAUUGUGUUCCUGCUGCAGCUGGCUGCUGGGAUCCUGGGCUUCAUCUUCUCAGAUAAGGCACGGGGGAAAGUGAGUGAGAUCUUCAAUAAUGCCAUUGUGCACUACCGAGAUGACUUGGACCUGCAGAACCUCAUUGAUUUUGGCCAGAAGAAGUUCAGCUGCUGUGGAGGGAUUUCCUACAAGGACUGGUCCCUGAACAUGUACUUCAACUGUUCAGAAGACAACCCCAGCCGUGAGCGCUGCUCUGUGCCUUACUCCUGUUGCUUGCCUACCCCCAACCAGGCAGUGAUCAAUACCAUGUGUGGCCAAGGUAUGCAGGCCCUUGACUACUUGGAAGCUAGUAAAGUCAUCUACACCAAUGGCUGUAUUGACAAAUUGGUCAACUGGAUACACAGCAACCUCUUCUUAGUUGGUGGUGUGGCACUGGGCCUGGCCAUCCCCCAGCUGGUGGGAAUCCUCCUGUCCCAGAUCCUAGUGAAUCAGAUCCGCGAUCAGAUCAAGCUACAGCUCUACAACCAGCAGCACCAGGCUGACCCAUGGUACUGAGAAUUCAUCCUGCACCUCCUCGCUAUGGCGACAGGCGAGCCUCAUCAACCAACAGCAAUGGGUAUAGCUCUCAGCACCAAAUGGAGAUUUGGAUUCCAGCCCCCCAGAGACCGCCCAGUGGGCAGAAGGCAGGUUGCACAGGUGGCUCAACUCGCAGAAGGAUGCACCUCCUCUCCCCAUCCUAGCCCUCAGCAUUGUUAGAGAGUUCUUUUGUAUUGUUUCUAACCUUACUCAGUUGGGUUUAUGUUUUUUUUAAGUUUUGUCUGAGAAGAGAUGUUUGGGAAACAGCCGUUGCACAGAGUCCCGGGGGUACUAGGUGCUGCUUUUCACCGAGGCACUACAACCGACACCUCUACUAGGGCUGCUACUGAGCUUGAUGGACAUCGGAUUCUGGCUGUUGCCAGCAAGACCUGGCUGGAGUCCACUUGGCAUAAUACCAGCUCCAGAAGGGAAGGGAGUGGAGCAGACAGUGAGCUUGGGGGUCGGCUGGGGACAGCUGUUAUGUGUUGGGUAGGAGUGGACGGCGUUAUGUUUACUAAAUGUCUGCCCUGCCAUCUUCCCAGGUAGUCAGAGUGAGCUGCAUCCUGCCUCUCCCUCAUUUCCAUGGAAACAUGGCAGCAAGGGCAAGAGGUACGAGAGCAGCCAAAUUCAUCCCUCCCCACCUCCUUUGAAAAAUGUUUGGAACCAUGGUCUCUAUAUUCUGCAGCCAGCAGAGGUGGGACUGAGCCAUACAUGCCCUUGAAUUCCUCCCGUCUGGCCCUCCCUCUCCAGCAAGUGGGGCUUCUUUAACCUUGGCAGUGUGCAGAGGAGGUGAGGUAACACACCCCUAUUCCUCUGUACCAGAGCUCAGUAUUUCUACAGUGUAAGAAGCAGGGAUCUUGCUGGGGCUGGAGAGCCAGAAAUGGCAGUUAAGAGUUUGUUCACCUGGGUUAAGCUGGACUCCAUAAAUUUUCCAUUCUGGCAACUAGAAAGGGAGGGGUAGAAGGGCCUAGCUGAUGGGCCCUCCCUCCAGAAGAGGACUGUAGACUCCCCUAAGCCGCUGUACCUCUGGGCCUCACCACUCGCCCAAUCUCCCUCAACCAGAUGCACUACCCUCUUCCCACAACCCCGCCCUCUCCGGGCUAAAUUAGGUCGAAAGAUUCCCAAUUCUGAUGUAGGAACGCGUAAUUUUAUCCCCAAACCCGACUUUAAUUUUCUUCUGAACUAAAG